CCCUCUUUUUUUUUUCCCGAUUGAGGAUUUAUUUAUUUCAAAUCCAGCGCAACUGCCGCUCGUUUCUUUGUCUCGCGACUCUUCACUCUCAUUGUUUCUUCAUCUUCUUCUUCUUCUUUUUCAAUUCGAUUAGGGUUUUCAAAAGUUUCAGAGACCUCUUCGCCAUCAAAGAUCUUCGAUUGUUGUGACUAUUGCUAUGAGUACCGCCAAGAAGAAGGGUUCCGAUCAGAAUCAAACAAGGAAAGGAUUCAUAAAGUUCUCGAAGAAGAUUUCGGAAUCUGAGGAAUUGAACUUCAUAAAGCGCAAUAUAUACCUGAACAAGAAGUUCAACAAGAAGGUUAAAGAUCAUGGCAUCUUCUGUUCUUGCUCUGUCUCUCCUUCCUCUUCAACUCUCUGUGGCAGUGACUGCAGUUGUGGGAUACUACUCUCAAGCUGUUCAUCUAGUUGCCAGUGCAGAUGUCAGUGCACUAACAAGCCGUUCCAACAAAGACAUAUCAAGAAAAUGAAACUAGUUCAGACGGAGAAGUGUGGAUAUGGGAUUGUAGCGGAUGAAGAUAUCAACGCAGGGGAGUUCAUCAUCGAAUAUGUUGGGGAAGUUAUUGACGAAAAGACUUGUGAAGAAAGACUUAUGAAGCUGAAGCAUAAGGACGAGACAAAUUUCUACUUGUGUCAGAUAAACUCGAACGUGGUGAUUGAUGCUACUUACAAGGGGAAUAAAUCAAGAUUUAUCAAUCACAGCUGCAAUCCUAAUGCAGAGAUGCAGAAAUGGAUAAUUGAUGGAGAGAUAAGGAUCGGCAUCUUUGCGACUCGUUACAUAAACAGAGGAGAGCAUUUGACUUACGAUUACCAGUUUGUUCAGUUUGGUGCAGACCAAGAUUGCUACUGUGGUGCAGCGUGUUGCAGGAAAAAGCUAGGUGCAAAAGCUAGAAAAGCUAAGAGCCUACCCUCUGAUGAAGCUGUGAACCUAACGGCAUGUGAAGCAGUGACCUGGAAACCACCCAAGGUUAAAAAGACUCGAGGAAGACACGCCCCCGGUUAGUAUAAAUUCUUAAAGCUCGAUUUUCGACAAGCUUCUCAACUCGGAGGUAAGGAAAAACACAAUUUGGAUGCGUCAGGACAAUCUAGGAACACUCAUGGCCAAAGGAAAAUAUGUUAUCCCAACUGCAUUGGUGUGGUAAUCAUGUUGGCACGUUCCACAAACCAGAGGUGUUUUGGCAUCAUUAGGGAGUUUGAUGAGGGUUCAAGAAAGCACUUGGUCAUGUACGAGGAUGGUGUUACUGAGACCAUCGACUUGUCCAGAGAAGUUUGGAAGCUCAUAGCUGUUUGAUAUUUGCUUCUUUCUGAUUCAUUCCAUUCUUUUACCUUUUAGUUUCUCUUGAAUUGUUGAAAAUUGUCGUUAACCGGGGUAUAGACUUUGUUGUUGUACCAACUCGAAUCAGUGUGUGUGAAAUAUAUUUUGGACUAAAGUGAUAUUGAUGUUAAAACCAGAGGGGUUUGGUUA